UUAUUGAGGAAGCUUUUGUACCGUAUGCUUACUCUCUGGGAGACAGUCUGUUGUUCUCAGUUAAACCUGGACCAGGCAGGGUGUAAGGAAAUCUGACCUGUCGCUUGUAGACCUCUAUUGCCUCGGCCAUCAGAGGAAUGAGAAUGCAGAGCAUCCUACUGACAUGGAGGAGCGCUUUGCCUUCCUGACUGAGUGGUACGACCCCAGUGCUGCUCUCUUACGCCGUUACCAGCUCCUGUACUACCCUAAAGAUGGCUCUGUGGAGAUGUUUGAUGUGAAGAACCAGCGGGCCUUUUUGAGGAGGACCAAAUAUGAUGACCUCCAUCCAGAGGACCUGUUUGUGGGGAACCGUGUUAUUGUAUUCUCUCGACAACUCAACCUUAUUGACUACGGAGACCAGUACACCGCCAACAAAUUGGGCAGCAAGAAAGAGAGGACCUUGGCUAUGAUUAAGCCAGAUGCAGUGAACAAAGUGGGCAGCAUUAUUCAGAUGGUUUAUGAUGCUGGCCUCAUCGUCACCAAGGCCAAAAUGACCAAGUUAACUGGGAAGCAGGCAGCAGACUUUUACAUGGAACAUCAGUCAAAGUCUUUUUUCAAUAGCCUUGUGCAGUUUGUGAGCUCCGGUCCUAUAAUAGUUAUGGAGCUGAUGGGAGAUGAGGCUGUGUCUGUAUGGAGGAAAGUUCUGGGUCCUACUGACUCUAGUGUAGCACGCAAAGAUGCUCCAUCCAGCCUUCGUGCCCAGUUUGGAACAGAUGGCACCAGAAACGCAGGCCAUGGAUCAGACUGCCUGGCAUCUGCAGCAAGGGAGUUGGAGUUCUUUUUUCCUUCAACUGCAGGCCACGGCCCUACCAAUACAGCUAAAUACCAAGAUUCCACCUGUUGCAUCAUCAAACCACAUGCAGUCUCAGAUACUCUGACCGGAAAGAUCCUCAGCUCAAUCACAGAAGCUGGAUUUGAGAUCUCAGCAUUACAGAUGUUCAACAUGGAUCCUGCAAAUGCAGAAGAGUUUCUAGAAGUUUAUAAAGGCGUAGUCACAGAGUACACAAGUAUGGUGUCUGAGCUGUGUUCUGGACCCUGCAUGGCCCUUGAGAUUAACUGUACAGAUGCACCCAAAAAGUUCAGAGAAUUCUGCGGCCCAGCUGACCCGGAAAUAGCUCGUCAUUUGCGGCCCACAACUUUACGAGCUCUUUACGGCAAGAACAAAGUGCAGAACGCCGUCCACUGUACCGACCUUCCAGAGGACGGGCUACUUGAAGUCCAAUAUUUCUUCAAGAUUCUAGAUGGCUGAUUGUUGAUUGUAUAGUUAAUUGCACAUGAUUGUUUGAUUAUGAUUGUUUGAAUAAAAAAGGGACGACAGUCUGGUUGGUUGUACAUUUAUUUGUUUAGGCCUUACCUGUAUUAAAUAAAAUGACAAGAGCAGAUGUAACUCCUGACAGAUGUUCUUAUGUUCAACAUUGACUUUUAAGCACUUUUAACAUUAACAAAACAUCAUAUUACAUGGGGUACUGCAUUGAAUCUGAUAAGUAACUCUGACCAGUGACUUUGGUAUCUGGAUUCAUACUAUACACUUUUCCUGCAGAAAAAAAAAUUGUACAACUGCAUAAAUAUAAAAUUCUUCCACCAUGUAAAUGGCUAAAACAUUCAUUAGAAAGUUACACCACAUUGUGAUGUCUCCAGCAAAAAAAAGGAAAAAAAAAUUAAAUUAAAGCACUGAGUUGCCACGGUGACCAUAGGGAGGAACAGUCCUCCAUUCUAGAGUGGAGCCCAUUCUCCAGACUAGAUACACACAGUUCUACACUUGAAAAAAAAAAGAAA